AUGACGGCGGUAUUCAGUCGCAGCGCCUCUGGUGUCCAGUUUCUACUAAUAGAGACAAGAUGGCGGCAGUAGCGUCAAUGAUGUCGAACUUCGGACAGAACAUUUCUACUAAAAGCGACCUGGUCCCGGACUGGACUAGCCAGGAAGUCAGCACCGGGACCACCAUCAUGGCGGUGGAAUAUGACAGAGGAGUGGUGAUCGGUGCUGACUCUCGUACCACCACCGGAGCCUACAUCGCCAACAGAGUAACAGACAAACUGACUCCCAUCCACGACCGAAUCUUCUGCUGCAGGUCUGGCUCAGCUGCUGACACUCAGGCCAUUGCUGACGUUGUCACCUACCAGCUGGGCUUUCACAGCAUCGAGCUGGACGAGCCCCCGUUGGUGGAGACGGCAGCCAAUCUGUUCAGAGCGAGCUGCUACCGCUACAGAGAGGAGCUGACUGCUGGGAUCCUGGUGGCAGGAUGGGACCGCAGGAAGGGAGGCCAGGUGUACUCUGUUCCCAUUGGUGGGAUGUUGGUGCGGCAGCCGGUGUCGGUGGGCGGCAGCGGCAGCACUUACAUCUACGGCUUCAUGGACUCCAACUACAAACCAGGACUGAGCAAAGAGCAGUGUCUGGAGCUCACCGCUGCAGCUCUGUCUCUGGCGAUGGAGAGAGACGGCUCCAGCGGUGGUGUGAUCAGACUGGCAACCAUCUCAGAGGAGGGAGUGGAGAGACGAGUCAUACUGGGAAACCAGCUGCGGAAGUUCUCCACACACUGAGCACACACACACGAACACACACACACACACACACACACACACAGUGCCACAUUAACAUGUUCUUUUUGUUGUGUUAAUAAAGAUUUCAAACUGUU